UGAAUGCCUGCCAGCCAGCUGGCUCUCAGUCGCGUGGCCCCCCUCGAGUGGAGAGGAAGGAGGCGGUCCCAGAGCAUGUGCUGACUUGCUUGCUGCCGGCUUGAGUCGUGGGUGGUCGUGAUACCAACGAAUUUUGUUCCCUCAUCUUGCCAUCAUCGCGUUUGCUGGCUCCAGCUGCAGAUCGUCAGCUUUGCCAGUCUGUGUUGAUUCUUCAUUACGGUCAGUGGGGCAAAGCCUUACAGCGUAACGUCUUCAGUGUCCCCGGGUCGCAGUAAUCUCAUGAGGCAGCCAUCCCCGCAGCUGCUCAGAAUUGGUCGUGCCCCAAGAAAAAAGGGGUAAUCAUUCCUCGAGUGUCUGUUAGUUCAUCAUUAGUGGAAUUGUUGUCAAACAUCCUGACUUGAAAAAACUGUUCGACCGCCGGUCUCAAGUAAAUCUAUACUUCUGUGUGUAGUCAGCAAGUGAGAUCAGUUAUGAGUGGUCAGAAACCAAGGAAAUCGUCCCUGAGGGACGAGAAGCCGAAGAAUUCUUCCGCAUCACAGAACAUGCCCAGGAACAUGUCGAUGUUUGAUGAACGAGGGUUGAAGAAUUCAUAUCCGUCGGAUGAUCGGCCCAGGAGACUUUCUUUCCUCCGGCCGUUGAGAAGGAACAGUGAGGUCGAUGGCCAUGGGGUGGAAACAGGGCCAGAUUUGGAUGAAGAGAUGGAGAAAGUGUUUGCAAUGGCAGAAGAAGAUCGUUUUGAUGUGUCAAGAUUUGCAGCAUCUCCUGACUCCAACACAAGCAAGCGCAGCUUCAAUGAAAAGGAUUACAGCUUCCAUCGCAAGAAGAGUUAUCCCCAUAUACACGUGCCCCUUAAAUCUCUUCAUCCACGGUUCUCGAGAAAGAGAGGCAUCACUUCUCCACGUGAGUCAGAAUCAGAGAGUACAGAAGGUGGAACUUCCAUUGAGGCAAGUGAGUCCAGGAAAAUGUCACAGUCUGGUAUUGACUCUGAAACUGGCUGGAGUCCUCAGCCCAUGACACUUAGUCCCACGAUUAAUGAAGACAACAAACCCAGGGUAACAUAUCCUAGCACUGUGUCUCCUGAGGAAGGAGUAAGAGAGGAACCUGUUCUCAGUAGUGAGUCUGAACCCCAGGUAUCUGAGAGGGCAGCUGCUUGUGGUGAUAGUCCUGUGUUCGGCUCACCAUCCGAUCCAUUUCGAAAAGUUCAGUUUCAGAUUGGUGACCCAAAACCAGGAACAGAAGCCACUUUAGAGGAAGAGGAAACAGCAGCUGCUGAAGAGGCAGAAAGGAAAGACUCUGUGACCGAAGACCCUUUGAGUAUGGAGUCAGAUGAGAAGAAGAAGCAGAGGAGGAAACAUAACCGGCAUCACCACCUUCGGCGCAAGUACAGCUUUCCAGAGGACGGUGAAUAUAUUGGACGAGUUCGAGGAGGUUCUGACUUCUCUGUGGAAAGUGCGCGUCACAUCAGCAUUCAGCCAGAGGAAGUCUCCAUGCUGCAAGAGCAGGAUAUUGAUGACUUGACAAGUCAUCGGUUUGAUGAUGCAAAAGGUUUGCGUCGGUACAAGAUCCAGUCUAAAAGUUCAUCAUCAGUGAUUCACAUUGGGAGGAAAGAUGGAAUGGAGCCUCUGCAGACAGUGUUACCAAUCCACACACUCAAAAAGAUGUUUGACCACCGUCCACAUGAAGUGUUUGUGCAGUUAGAUGAGCUGCAUGGGGAAGGAGAAGAAAGAGAGUGGAAGGAAACUGCUCGCUGGAUCAAGUAUGAAGAAGACGUGGAAGAAGGUGCAGACAGAUGGGGUCGUCCUCACGUUGCUUCCUUGAGCUUUCACUCUCUGCUUAACCUUCGUCGCUGUUUAGAGACAGGUGUGGUGCUGUUGGACCUGGAGGAGAAAGAUUUGCCAGGGGUGGCUCAUCGAGUGGUAGAGCAGAUGGUAGUGGAUGAGUUGAUUGAACCUGAAGACAAACCCACUGUAAUGCGGGCCCUACUACUGAGGCAUCGACAUGUAAAUGAACAUGAUCGCUUCCGGUUUGGCAUGAAGAGGACUUUCUCAAGUUACACUAGUCUCCAGAAUUUGGCAGAGGAUAAAGUAAGACCCAAAAUUGUUCCAUCGAUUGCAAGCAUGGAUACUGUUUCCUCAGUGAAGUCACCCCCACCAGUUAGCAACCAUUUUGGUCAUAAUGAAUUUGAAGCCAAACCUGAAAAUCAUACGGUUGAAAUAAAGGAAGAGCUUACCUACAUGUCUUCCAGUGAGGAUUUGAAGAAGGCAGCCAAGGAGAGCAUUCUAAAAAGAAUACCUAUGGGUGCUGAAGCUACCACGGUACUGGUGGGUGCUGUGGACUUCCUGGAGCAGCCCACUAUUGCAUUUGUUCGUCUUGCUGAGGGUAUCCUUAUGCCUUCCAUCACAGAGGUCACCAUCCCUGUAAGGUUCUUGUUCAUUCUCCUGGGACCAACCAAUGCUGACUUAGACUACCAUGAAAUUGGUAGAUCCAUUUCUACACUCAUGUCAAUUUCACAAUUCCACAAAAUUGCAUACAAAGCUGAUGAACGCAAAGAACUGCUGUCAGCUAUCAAUGAGUUCUUAGAUGACAGUAUUGUUUUGCCACCUGGUGACUGGGAGAGGAAGGCAUUACUUCCAUUUGAUGAAUUGAAGGCGAAGAGUGAGAUGAUUCGUCGGAGGAAGACAACACGUCUUAUGGAAGCUGAUGAGGCUCAGAAAGCUCUAUUGCUUCUGGACACAGAUGGUGAGAAGCCACCUCAUGAUGAUCCGUUGAGAAGGACAGGGAUGCCAUUUGGUGGGCUAGUAAAUGAUCUGAAGCGAAGGUUUCCAUAUUAUAAAUCAGACAUUACAGAAGGCUUAAACCUGCAGUGCCUAGCAGCAGCCAUAUUUAUGUACUUUGCAGCUCUCUCUGGUGCCAUCACAUUUGGUGGUCUCAUGGGAGACAAGACUGACAAUCUGAUAGGCAUAUCAGAAACAUUGGUAUCAACAUCAGCAGCUGGUAUAUUUUUUGCACUUCUGUCUGGCCAACCUCUGAUCAUCAUAGGAGCUACUGGUCCUCUACUGCUCUUUGAUGAGAGUCUGUACAGUUUUUGUCUGACAAAUGGACUGGAUUUCCUCACAAUACGAGUGUAUAUAGGCCUUUGGCUGGGAAUUAUUGGCAUGGUGGUUGUGUGUUUUGAAGGCAGUGUCCUGGUGAAAUUGUUCACUCGCUUCACAGAAGAAAUCUUUGCAGCUCUUAUUUCAAUACUUUACAUAGUUGAGAGUAUUGAGAAGCUGUUUGUGGUGUUUCAUGAGCAUCCAUUGAUGGCAGACUACUGCUCUGGCCCGUUCAUACAUAAUGACACGGCGUCCAACAGUACAGAUUAUCCAGAGAACGGAGCAAGUGUUUGGAAUGGUUCUGAAAUUUACAGUAGCAACGACAUUGAAUCAAUAGUUAUUAAUGACAGUUACAGAGACUCCAGGUUCACGCAGAGUAAUGGAACAACAUGGGCACCAGUUUCAUCUUACGCAGUCCAAGAAAGUCAUGAAAUCCGUGAAAGGCAACCUAAUACAGCACUAUUAUGCCUCAUUUUGGCUCUUGGGACUUUCUUUAUUGCAUAUUACUUGAGGCAGUUUAGAAACAGCAAGUUUCUAGGUAGAAGUGCUCGGCGAGCAUUGGGUGACUUUGGAGUACCAAUUGCGAUCAUCACAAUGGUGACUUUGGACUACCUGGUACCAGAGACAUAUACAGAAAAGCUGCAGGUGCCUGAGGGUUUGUCUCCUUCAAACCCAACUGUACGAGGCUGGAUCAUCUCACCAGAUGUUACACAUAUUUGGAUUAUAUUUGCUGCUGCUGCUCCAGCACUCUUAGUCUACAUCUUGCUUUUCAUGGAGACACACAUCUGCGAGUUGAUCAUCAAUAAAAAAGAACGUAAACUGAAAAAAGGAUCUGGUUUUCAUCUGGACAUUGUGAUAGUCUGCAUUGCAAAUGUUGGCUGUGGACUUCUUGGAGCACCUUGGCAAUGUGCUGCUACUGUCCGAUCUAUUGCACAUGCUUCAGCAGUCACAGUUAUGUCACGCACUCAUGCUCCGGGUGAGAAGCCCCACAUCAUUGAAGUAAAAGAACAACGUCUGAGUGCUCUGUUGGUUUCUGUGUUUGUGGGUGUGUCAGUUUUGAUGGCGCCGCUACUUCGUUUGGUACCAAUGUCUGUACUGUUUGGAGUAUUCCUUUACAUGGGAAUUUCAUCGACAAAUGGAAUUCAGUUCUUUGAGCGGUUUAAGUUGUUCUUCAUGCCUGUGAAACAUCACCCACAGGCAUCCUAUGUCCGGAGGGUACAUUCAAAGAAAAUGCAUCUUUUCACUCUAAUUCAACUCCUGUGCCUCGCAGUUCUUUGGGUAGUGAAGUCAACAGAAGCAUCUCUAGCCUUUCCUUUCUUUCUUAUUCUGAUGGUUCCACUUCGAACCCAGCUCCGAUUCUUCUUUACACCCGCUGAACUACGAGCUCUGGACAGUGAAGAGGCAGAUUCAGAGUCUUUGGAGGAUGAGCCAGAUUUCUAUACAGAAGCACCACUGCCAGGUUAAAUGGCCUUCCAUCAAUAACAGUAUAUCCAUCCUGGUACCACAAUGAAGAAGGAAUGAAGAAUUGUGUGUACCCUGUAAAGGAAAGUAGUACUUCCAGCUUUUUGUAAAGUACCUAUUAUAUUCUCUGAUUAAAAAUGAAGACAGUUGACUCAUGUUGAAAGUAAUGAAUUGGAAAUUUUCUGGAAAAGUUCUUCAUAUUUUCAAUAUAAGUGCCUUUCAAGUAGUACUGUUGAAUUAUUUGGCUGGAUACUGCAAGAUUUUUAUGUGGACGAAUCUUAGUAUAUAACAGACUGGUAGAUUAUGAUAAUAGUGAGAAUGUUGCAAUUGAUUUACUUGUACGGCUCAACAUUUUCAGUCUACAUGUCUUGCUGUCUGAAUGCCAGCAGUGCUGACACAGCAGCAUGGUUGCAGACUGCUGAUUUUUAUUGUUGAAGCAAAAUGAUCCCAGUUUGAAGUCUGUGCUACCUGAGGAUGUGUAUGUCUCUUGGUUGCUCAUUAACCCUUUAAAGACUGAAUUUCCUUUAAAUGAUGUGUAAAAAUUCAGUUUGUACCUCACAGAAGACACAUUACGUCUCCUCCACAAAGACCAACAGUUUGAUGUUGUUUAGGGAAACAGUUGCUGUUUAUUGUGAGAACUACACAAAACACGCAGACGCACUCUGUGGGCAGA